UGCCAUUUUAAUUUGGAGUGAAGUCCUACCCCCCAACAAGACUGUGACUAGAAGGUGAUGGCCCAUUGCACUACAUCUGUUAUUUCCUAGGAAUGUUCUUCAGAAUGUUAUAACAACUGAACAGUUACACCCAUAUUAGCGAAUGUGCCAGAGCCCUUUCUGGAGCAGUGGAAACGGCAUCACAAAUAGGAGUAUCAGCAACAUCAGUUUGUGGGAUAACACUUUCAAGACCAGCAAAGGAACAAAACCGAGGGAGCUGAUAGAUGGGGGCCAGUGCUGAGCUGAACACCCAUGAUGACACUGCACCUUUUAAAAGUUGUACUAGUGAUUGCAUUUGAGCACACUUCCUCCAGCACCCUGGAGGUGUCCUGUUUCUCUCUGCCUUCUUCACGGUGCAGAACACCUCUGACCCUUACUGGCCAAGCACAUCCACUUCUUUGAAGGGCUGCUGCCAAUGAAGUAAGUAUCUGUUGCUUGGAUUGGUUUUUGUCUCUCCUCCAUGCUCUCUGCAUCGCUUUCCCACUACCUGUUGGCUACAGAGCAGCACCAUAAUGAUUCCAUUGCAUGACAGGCUUUUGGGGCCUUUGCAAGGAUACGCUUUGCCCCUAAAAGAACAUGGUCUAUAUACAUAUACAAACGGAGACAAUUGUACACAGAGAGAGACGAAGAAUCUUAGAAAAAUGAAGUCAAUCUUUUACCUGUGUUUUUUGAUUGCUGGGAUUCAUGGUGAUAGACCUUGCCAACAGAAUUCUAGCUACAACAACAGUCCUGAAAAUUACCACGUUGGAAACAGAAUCCAAGUAGGUCCAGCAAACGAAAAUAUGCUGGGUCAUAAAGUAGGGAGAAGCAUUUGUCAGUUUGCAUUUCAUUUUUAUAAGGAGGCUUCUUCUCAGAGAAACAACAAGAAUGUGAUCUUUUCUCCCAUAAGCAUAUCCACUGCCUUAGCAAUGCUGUCCCUGGGUGCUAAAUCAACGACACUGCAAGAGAUUUUUAGAGUGCUCCACUUUAAACCAAAUGAGAUCCAGCAAAGAGAGAUACAUGAAGGUUUCCGUCAGCUCAUGCAGUCACUAAAUCGCCAGAAUGCUAACUUCCAGCUGGAUAUGGGGAAUGUGCUGUUUGUGAAAGACCAGCUGAAACUGCAACAGCAAUUUUUAAAUGAUGUAAAACACUUUUACAGUGGAGAAGCUUUCCCAGAAAACUUCAAGAAUGUCAGACCAGCUCAGCAGAAGAUCAAUAAUUACAUAGAGAAAAAAACACAUGGGAAAAUUAAUAACCUACUCAAUAAUCUGGAUCCAGCUACUGAAAUUCUUCUUCUUAGUUAUAUUUACCUUAAGGCCACGUGGAAUAAAACUUUCAAUCCAAAGUACACUAAAGAGGAUGACUUCUUUGUGGAUGAAAACACAGUUGUUAAAGUCCCUAUGAUGUUCCGGAUGGGCAUGUGCAAACACGCCUAUGAUGCCCAGCUGUCUAGCACCGUGGUGCAAAUGGAUUAUAAGGAAGAAAGCAUUAAAGCAUAUUUUAUUCUGCCUGAUGAAGGACAAAUGAGGAAGUUGGAGAAUGGCUUGUCAUGUGAAAGUCUGACUAAAUGGAGAAAAUUACUUUCAGAAAGUUCAAUCAAUUUAUAUCUGCCAAGAUUCUCUGUUCAUGGAAGAUUUGACUUAAAACAAAUUCUUUAUAGACUGGGCAUCAGAAAUGUAUUCACUAAUGAAGCUGACCUGUCUGGAAUUACUGGGCAGCCUAGGCACAAGAUUUCAGAGGCUAUCCAUCAGGCCAUUGUGAAUGUGGAUGAGAAUGGCACUGAAGCUUCAGCAGUCUCUACUAUGGAAAUAGUGCCAAUGUCUACACCUACUAUCCUUAGAUUAAAUAGACCCUUCAUGUUGGUAAUACUUGAAGGUAAUAAUAACAUACUCUUUGCUGGCAAAAUCUCGAACCCUGCGGAACAAUAG